GUGGAGAAUCUUAAAGGGGCCGCGUCGCCCGGCGGGCUCCGCCGGAUGGAGCCCCCCGCGGCCAAGCGCAGCCGGGGCUGUCCUGUGGGGAACGAGCGCGAGCCCGGGACCGGGGCCCGCCGCUGCCGUCCGGAGCCGCUGCUGGACCUCAGCGCCAAGCGGGUGGCCGAAACCUGGGCCUUCGAGCAGGUAGAGGAGCGGUUCUCCCGGGUGCCAGAACCGGUCCAGAAGCGCAUUGUGUUCUGGUCUUUUCCACGCAGUGAGCGGGAAAUAUGUAUGUACUCAUCGCUGGGUUACCAGCCCCCAGAGGGUGAGCAGGAUGCCCGAGUACCCUUUACCCGUGGGCUGCACCUACUGCAGAGUGGGGCUGUGGACCGAGUGCUGCAAGUGGGGUUCCACCUGAGCGGGAGCAUCCGGGAAUCAGGGGCUCCUGGGGAGCCAGAGCACCUCUACCAGGUCUCCAUCAGCUUUGACCGCUGCAAGAUCACAUCUGUGAGCUGUGGCUGCGACAACCGAGACCUCUUCUACUGUGCCCAUGUAGUGGCACUGUCACUGUACCGCAUCCGCCAUGCUCACCAGGUGGAGCUGCGGCUGCCCAUCUCAGAGACACUGUCACAGAUGAACCGCGACCAGCUGCAGAAGUUUGUGCAGUACCUCAUCAGCGCGCACCACACUGAGGUGCUACCCACUGCCCAGCGUCUCGCAGAUGAGAUCCUACUACUGGGCUCUGAGAUCAACCUGGUUCAUGGUGCCCCAGACCCCACGGCGGGUGCAGGCAUCGAGGAUGCCAAUUGCUGGCACCUGGAUGAGGAGCAAAUUCAGGAGCAAGUGAAGCAACUGCUAUCCAAUGGUGGCUACUAUGGGGCCAGCCAGCAGCUGCGCUCCAUGUUCAGCAAGGUUCGGGAGAUGCUGCGGGCACGGGACUCUAAUGGGGCACGCAUGCUGAUCCUCAUGACAGAGCAGUUCCUGCAGGACCCACGCCUGGCCCUGUGGCGGCAGCAGGGUGCGGGAAUGACAGACAAGUGCCGGCAGCUGUGGGAUGAGCUAGGGGCGCUGUGGGUCUGUGUUAUCCUGAGCCCCCACUGCAAACCAGAUGAGCGCGCAGGCUGGCUGCAGCUGCUUGGCACUUGGGACAAACUGAAUGUGUGCCCACUGGAAGAAGGCAACUACUCCCUUGAUAGCCCCAGCCUGCGGUCCACCAUGAUGUCCAGCACAGGCUCAGAAGAUGAAGAGGAGGUGACAAUCGCAAGUCCCCGCCACACUGUCUUUGGUCGUGCACUUCAAGCAGGAGAAUUGCACUGGAGAGACAGCCACCUGCAGAGGAUUCUGGCCAGUGACUCCUAUGGCCCCAGCCUCAUGAGCAGCAUGGGAAGUGAUAAGUCAGCCUUUGACCCUCAGGGCCGCCCACUCUGGCUGGGUGAACCUUUCCCCACUGCUUGUGCACGGGUGGACACUCUGCGUGCCCAUGGUUAUCCCCACAAGGCCCUGAGGCUGGCAUGUGCCAUAAUUAACUCCCUGCGGCUGCAACAGCGACACCAGCUUGAGAGCUACAAGCAACAGAAAAAAGAACUGCUCCACAAAGGGGCUACCUGUGUCACCAACACAGAAGGCUGGGUGGGCCACCCCCUGGAUCCCAUUGGCUGCCUGUGCAGGGCACUGCUGGAAGCCUGUCGCCUGGAGGAGGAGACCCUCUCUCUUUACCCAGAUUCAGGCGUGGAGAAGCGGAAGGUGGUCUACCAGCACGUGCAGGUGCCUGGGAACCCGGGAGAGUCCUACUUGGCACUGGCUCUGGAGGUGGCGCUGCUGGGGCUGGGGCAGCAGCGAGCCCUGCCCGAGGGGCUGUAUGCCCAGGACAAGGUGGUGCGCAGUGAGGAGCAGCUGCUGGGCCUGCUGGAGGAUGUGGCACUGGAUGAGCGCCUGGUGCAGGUGCUGCGCAAGCAGGCGGGGCUGCUGCUGGAAGGUGGCCCUUUCAGUGGCUUCGGAGAAGUGCUUUUCCGGGAGAGUGUACCCAUGCACACCUGUGCCCACUACCUGUUCACUGCGCUACUGCCCCACGACCCGGACCUGGCCUACCGCCUGGCGCUGCGAGCCAUGAGGCUACCGGUGUUGGAGACAACUAUCCCAGCUGGAGAAGCGCACCCCAACCCACUGGACUCCAUCAUGAGCAACCGCUUCCCUCGCUGGUUCAUCCUUGGCCACCUGGAGACCCGCCAGUGUGAACUAGCCUCUACCAUGCUGACUGCUGCCAAGGGAGACACCAAAUGGCUACACUCAGUCCUGGGCUGCAUCCAACAGAACAUUCACUCCCCAGCCCUGCUCUUCAAGCUGGCACAGGACGCCUGCAAGACAGCCACACCAGCCAAUGUGCCACCAGACACUGUGCUGCUGGGAGUUGCACUGGAGCUGGGCUUGCAGGUGAUGCGAAUGACACUGAACACCAUGACCUGGAGGCGCAGAGAGAUGGUUCGCUGGCUGGUCAGCUGUGCCACAGAGAUUGGCUCCCCUGCACUGAUGAACAUCAUGCAGAACUGGUAUUCCUUAUUCACCCCGGUGGAGGCAGCCACCAUCGUGGCGGUGACAGGUACCACCCACACCACUCUGCUGCGGCUGCAGCUGGACACUCCGGGGCGGGAGGAGCUAUGGGCCUGCGCACGCACCCUGGCACUGCAGUGCGCCAUGAAGGACCCCCAGAACUGCGCUUUGCCAGCCUUGACGCUGUGUGAGAAGAACCACGCGGCCUUUGAGGCAGCCUACCAGAUCGUGCUGGAUGCAGCAGCCGGUGGCCUCGGCCAUGCACACCUCUUCACAGUGGCACGCUACAUGGAGCACCGUGGCCUGCCACUGCGGGCCUACAAGCUGGCCACACUAGCCUUGGCGCAGCUCAGCAUCGCCUUCAACCAGGACAGCCACCCUGCCGUCAACGAUGUGCUGUGGGCUUGCUCUCUCAGCCACUCGCUGGGCCGGCAGGAACUGUCAGCCAUCGUGCCCCUCAUUAUCCGCAGCAUCCAAUGUGCACCGAUGCUCUCCGACAUCCUGCGUCGCUGGACGCUCUCGGCACCGGGCCUGGGCCCACUGGGGGCCCGCAGGGCGGCCAAGCCUCUGGGUGCCGACAGGGCACCUCUCUGCCAGCUCCUGGAUGCUGCGGUGGCUGCCUACAUCACCACCAGCCACUCUCGCCUCACUCACAUCAGCCCGCGCCACUACGGGGACUUCAUUGAAUUCCUGGGCAAAGCCCGAGAGACCUUCCUGCUGGCCCCCGAUGGGCACCUGCAGUUCUCGCAGUUCUUAGAGAACCUCAAACAGACAUACAAGGGCAAGAAGAAGCUGAUGCUGCUGGUGCGAGAGCGGUUUGGAUGAGGGGCUGCAGGGAGCAGAGGCCUGGGGCCUCCCCCAGCCUGCCUCCCUGACACCAGAGGCCCUUUGGGCUUUUCAGUAUUAAGUCAGGGAAGGUAGAAGCAGGAAGUGGUACCCUGACAUGUGUGUGCCUAGGAGUGUGCAGACAUGCGGGAAAUCUGAAGCCAUACUGCCACCUAGUCGCCUGGAAGGGGGUAUGUGCCUAGGCUCCCCACAAGCUCUGACUCCCCCAAAUUCACAGGUUAACUGGGGAUUCCAGAAGGGCUGGGAGGCAGAACUUUCCUGAAAGUAGUCCUCAAAGUCAGUGUAGCAGAACCUCUGCAACCCACCCAGGUGGCUGGGGAGCUUCACAUUAGGGCAUCUAAAUAACUUUGUUCUCCCUCACCCACUGCUCAGGGGUCCUGUCCCACUGUCCUGUGUUCUCUGCUCAUGUGGCCCCUCUGCUCAUGUGGCCCCGCACAGACCAAUGCUUUACCACCACUGAAGGAUAUCAAGAGGUUUCAGGCCUCAGCCACAUACCUCACCCCUGAACCCCAUGUCCGGCCAGGACCCCCUUUCUCUUGGGCACCAGGGUCCCAGAGUAGGUUAGAGGUGGCUCUCCGCUGCCCUGCCCCCACCCUCUAGUCACUGGAUACACAACUCAGGAACCAGGCAAGGCUGUGCCUUCCAACCUGGUGUGGGGGACACAGGCAGCCAGCCAAGGACCCUAUCUUGUCUUCCCGGUUGUUCUAUCCCUCCAUCUGUUUCCCCUCUUCCCUUUCAGCGGUUCUGUUAAGCUCCCUCCUCUCCCAGGCUGCCCUUCUACCCCUGCCUUGGCCCACGGAGGAGGGACUGAGAGUCUUAGUCCCAGUCAGCCCUGUCUUCUCUUGUUUGUUAAGGAAAAAGUUGACGUCAUUUUGUAACUUUUUUUCUAUUUAUUGAAUUGUAUAUUGUAUUCCCUUUCCCCCCCGUUCCUUUUUUUUUUUUUUAAGAGUGAACACAACUUCCUUUUGACAUUUUGGGUCUGGGAUGCAUUUGCACACACCCAGGGCCAGGGUUCCAGUGACUAAAAGAUCCAGCCCAUCUCCCUGGGCCCUGCUUCCAGCGCUAGCGGGGCAGCUGCCGCUGGCUUCCUCCCGCGCACCCCAGAAACAGCGUGGGGCAAGGCGGCCGCAGCUUGCUGGUCUCCGCCGGCCGGUCCCAUUUUGAAUGUCUGGGGAAGGCACACCCAGCUCAGAGGCAGCCAAGUUCACCCCUACCGGUCGCCGGGAACUGCCGCCCGGCUCCGGACACCGCCGCUGUGGGCCGACUCGCAGUAGCCGACCCCGGGACAAUAGUCCGGGUGACGCACGGGGGCGUGGCCAUUGCGCGUCUGGGCUCCAGGUGACGUCGCCUUGGUUCUCCUUUCCCUGGCUCCUGGGAAGCGGGUUCUCCGCGGCCCUUAGCGACUGGAGGGCGGAUGGCCUGACGGUCUUUGUCCGAGCGAGGACAGGUCGCUAGGGGGCGCCGUAGCAAGGGGGCGGGGCUCCGGUGGCGCUCGGCGCUGUCCUUUGCUCUAGGGAGCCAGUCGCGGGCGGACCACCCUCGCGGGUCCCACACCAACUCACACGCUCCUCAUCGCUGCCUGAAGGCCUGGCAUGUGGAACAGCGGGCCUGGAGAGCACCGCAUCCGCCAGCGGCCCCAGCGACGUGCUGCUGGGGUCUGAGAAACCCGUUUCUGUGCCUCGGUUACCAGUCAUGCACAUGCUCCCUCGUGGAACUGGGGUAUCACUUGGGUUCCCCAAUCACAAAUGUACCCGCUUAGGCCUGGUGUCUCCAUAUCAUACCUCAAAACCAGAAUCUUUCCACCCGCCUACCCUCACACAACCCAGACCUGAAUUAUCCCUAGGGUCCCAGCCACCUCCAGAUGUCAAUGGCCCCAAGACCUUCCAGUUGCCACAUCGCGUGCACAUACACAUCCCUCAGGGUCAGGACACCCUCAGACCUUUCCAAGCACAGGGUGCCCUCUCUAAAUAAGUUUCUGUCGUCUUCCAAGAGGCAGGUGGAUCAAGGUUAGAGAUAGGUGAGACCAGAAGCCCAGGGUGCCAGAAAACAGUCAUGAGGACUGAACACUGUGUAUGUCCAACCCCAGGCUCUAGACAUAGGGAGAAUGGCUUCAAGUUCAAAAUCACCCUGGUCUACAUGGAGAGACCCCCGUCCCAAAAGGGAGAAAAAAAUAAAAAAGCCAAUACUGCAGAGGUGGGAGGCACAAAUGAGGAGACCAGACCUUCAGGAAUGAAGCAAUGCAAUUUUCAUUUAAUUGGAAAACAGGCAUAGCACUCAAUACAGGCCCUGCCCCUCUGCCCCUAUCGUGGGUGGGAGGGCACUAGGCCAGCCACCUCAGCCCAGUGCCAGACAGCCUGCAUCCCAUCUGAUUUGGGGAUAGCCGGCAGAUAUUUAAUUCUGGAGACCAAACUAAGGAACACAGAGACCACACCAGGAGAGGGCCUGUUUCCUUCCCGGGCUCAUGUAAACCUUGCUCUCUGCCCCAUAUGUGGGGCAGUAGUCUUGCCCUCCUUCCCAAAGUAGAAAGCUGCAGGCACCAAAAAGGGCCAGGCGUCCUGGGUCAGGUCAGGCCAGCUUUGUUCCGGAAGCUCGGAGUUGACAUUUAACGGUCAGGGGGCCCAAGACAGCUUCCUCUUGGGUAACUGGCUGCAGGGCAAGUGCUGGAGGGGGCUGGACCCUACCAGGCUUUCAGGCCUCAAGGGGACAUAGUCUGCUUUUUCAUGCA